AUGAAGAUCCGCUGGCAGGACAAAGUCACCAACCAAGAGGUCCUGGACAGAGCUGGCUCAACAAGCAAUGAAUCCAUGAUUUUGAAAAGGCAGCUCCAAUGGUCUGGCCAUGUAAUCCGAAUGGACCCACAGAGGAUGCCAAAGCAGGUUUUCUUUGGAGAGCUGGCCGCAGGGUCCAGACACCAAGGGCACCCAAAGAAAAGAUUCAAAGAUAACCUCAAGUCAUAUCUAAAAUGGGCUGACCUGAACCCAAAGGAGUUGGAGCUUGCCGCCUCUGACAAAGCCAGCUGGCGCGCCCAAAUUAAUAAAGCAGCCACCACAUUUGAAGAGGACCGUCAUUAUCAUCUUGCAGCUGCAAGGGAACGCAGACACAGAGCAACUGCUGCCCCUGCCCAAAAUACCGUAAAACACUUGUCGAGGCUGUGUCCGAAAGCUCUAGGAAGGCAUCAAGGCACGUCUGAAUCCAAUGUUUGCUUUAUCACCUGUCUCCUGAGAUACCUCCAUCAGUGUAAAUACUGUGACCCCAAUGAAGUGCUUGAUGACAUCAAAGGUGUGUCGACAGAUUACCCAGACCUGCAUCUGUAUGUGGACUAUUAUUUCUACCCCAACAAUGAUAAGAAGAAGUUGGUUUAUUUAGGCGGCACUGUUCCUGUAACAUAUGAAGGCAACAAGUACAACAUUCCCGUUUGCGUUUGGAUCCAUGAGACUCAUCCCAAAAACCCACCCAGAUGUUUCGUCUGCCCCUCACCCACUAUGGUGAUCAAUGCUAAAAGCAGCAACGUGGAUGCGUCUGGAUGUGUUCUCCUCCACUGUCUCAGCAACUGGAAAAUUGGGUGGUCAAACUUGUCAAUAGUUCUGGAGGAAAUGAUUGCUGCCUUUCAGCGCGAACCUCCCCUUUUUGCCACUUACCCAAUCACAGCCUCCUCACUACUUGAACCGGUCCACCCGAGUCCUGUAACAUCAUAUGGCAGCUGGCCGCAUGCAGGCAACACGUUUGUGCAAAAUUCAUCUGCAGCUGAACAUGGAAUGACCACCUCACCAGUGACUCAGCAUGCCAGCAACACUUUACCCAAGAGUACAAAGUUCCACAGUAGUCCGUCGCAGACCAGUGGAACUGACAUGGGUGAGGUUAGAAUAUCAUACACACAGGAGUUACUGGAUUUCGGGAUCACAUUUGGAGCACAAGCUUUAGAGACUAACCACCAAACAAAUCCAUUCAUCUCUCCUUCCUCUGCUCCAACCCAUAAUUCUUCAGAUGUAAAUGAAAUAGAUGACCUGUUCAAAAGCCUUCAGUUACAAAGAGUAGUCAACGUGUACCAACUGGACAACAGAGGCAAAGAUGUUCUUCAUGCUGGGGUACAGUGGCAAGAUUGUCUCCGUGACCCCAUGGCUCAGCAAAACUUAGUGGAUAAUCAUCACAGAUUGGUGGUGAGCAGACUUCCUGUGGGGGUCUCUCCAAGCAAGAUGAGGAACAAGCUAACCAUUUAUUUACAGAAAAAGCAGAAUGAUGGAGGAGAGGUUCUGGAUGUCAAAUAUCCUGCAGCACGGCCAGACCAGGCCUGGGUCCUCUUCAGAGACCCCAGAGAUGCGGCGCAGGUUUUGAAACAGCCUGAAAGGGUGAUUACAAUUAAUGAGCAGCGAUUUCUUAUUCAGCUGAAGAAGUUUGAAGAUAUGGAGGAUUGCACUAUAUACACAACCUACUGUCAGAUCCCAGGUGGUGUCCAAGGUGAGAAAGCGGAAAUGUUCAAGAGCAUCUUGAGUCUGGAUGGUUGCAAAUUUAGCCCUACAGAUGUACUGGAGGCUGUGCAGUCGUGCCGAGACCUCCCCUCUGCUCUGAAAUAUCUCUCCCAUGACUGCCCUAUAUGUCAGGAGCAAGUAUCCGUCAACAGGAUGAUCACCAUGACACACUGUUCCUGCACGUUCUGUGAGAGCUGCUUUAAGAAAUACUUCUCUUCUGUCAUUAAAGAAAAGAGUAUAGUGCACGCGGUCUGUCCCCUCUGUAAUCUCCCUGAUGUGCGAGGAGGCCGAAGGGAGGACACUAUGGAGUACUUCAGUCUACUCGACACACAGAUCAGGUAUUAUUUAGACCCUCAGAUCCAUGAGCUUUUCCAAAGUAAGCUCAGAGAUCAGGCUCUGCAGGAAAUGCCCAACUUCCGCUGGUGUGCACAUUGCUGCUUUGGGCUUCUUCAUGAAGCAAACAGGCUGAGGAUGGACUGCCCAAGCUGUGGGAAAAGCACAUGCUUUCAGUGCAAACGGCCUUGGGCUCCACAGCAUGAAGGAAUCCCUUGUGAGAAGUUCAAAGAGUGGGAACAACUCAACAGCCCCGAGUAUCAGAACUCGAAGCUGGAGCAGCUUCUGAACAGGAACAAAAUAGACUGUCCAAAAUGCAAAUUUCGCUUCUUCCUGGCCAGAGGAGGUUGUUUGCAUUUCAAAUGCACUCAGUGCCAGCAUGAAUUCUGCGGUGGCUGCAGUCAGCCUUUUAAACAGGGCGCUGCAUGUAAUUUUUCUGCUGAAUGUGGAGCUAAGGGCUUACAUGCUCACCACCCCAGAGACUGCCUGUAUCAUUUAAGAGAUUGGAGUGUUGUGAGACUACAGAACCUGCUGCAGCACUAUGGAGUUUCACAUCCUUUGAUGUUCAGACGCAAAGGUACAAUGGGGGGACAUUCAAAAGGUAUUUGUGGUGUGAUGGAGUUCCAAGAAACAGGAGCUGUGAAAGAAGAGCCGUGUGGACGACCAUCUUACUCUGAAUACAGUGGUUACUGCACGUUACAUUAUAAAGAGUGUCUGGUGGAGCUAAUAAACCAGAACGCACUGGACCCUUUGGUACUAUUCAAUGGCGCUGAGCUGAGGGCAGAGCUGUGCCGAUGGAAACUGCCGGUCCCAGCGCAACAGCCUUCAGAGGCAGAUCAGCGGUAUGAGGACAGGCUACGACAGAUUAUAAAAGAGAGGGUGGUUCUGAGCAGCAGUACAGCCUCUGGACUGAAGACAACAGCCCCUCCCACACCUUCCCCCACUUCUCCUCCUGCAGCUGGAGCUCCAUGGUACUCAGUCUUGAGUCGAGCAGUCCCCGAGGACUCGCAGCAUCUACUGCUGCUUACCGAUUGAAGAGCAUAUCUGUAUCCUGGACAUAUGCUGUUAUCAUUCCAUAUACUGAACUGCAUCCGGCAAUGAUGCAGAAUUUAUAUGUUUUUUUCAAUAUAAGCACUAAGGGUUCUAAGGCACUUAAAACUUCUGUAUUGUACUAAGCACUCCACUCCUGUUAAAGAAUGUGGCUUUAAAAACCACAUUUAAUUCUCAAAAUCUUGGCAAUGAGGGUCAACUCAUACUUAUAAUUGUUGUUAGGUUUUAUAUUCAUUUUAUAUUAAGUCGGCUACACAGUAUAUGCAUUUUACUGAGCACAAGUUUGCACAUGGUCGUUGUGAAUUGGGUUUUGGCAUUAUCUGUAAGGGGUGUGAAAGGUUGUGUUGCAGAUGAUUAUUUUCUUGUGUGAAUAACUGUGAAUAUAAAACAUUAUUUUCUAACAGCCUCACCUUUUUCUGUUGAAGAUAUUUUAUUUAUGAAAUAAUGUGGUUAUAUAUUCUCAGCUGCCUCUCAUGGUUUUUGCCAGAAAAUAUACUGGUGCUCUGUAUGCUUUAAGAAAAUAAAUAUUUUGAACAUACACAAGUAAA